AACAUGGAAUCUAUUCAGUCUGAAUUUUACCUCUCCAACUCUUCUAUUCGCAUGCACUUGUCUAUUAGCCUUAACUCCCUUCAACUCCCAGUAAUAUCAUCAUUCUCGCUCCCAGAGACUGUUGGGAGAGUGAGAAAAAGUGAGAAAGUCUAUAACCAACUUUUACCAACAAAGAUUGUCAAGGUUGCUGUUCCAUCAUUUCCCUGGUUUCAUUUCAACCAGGCCGGGUUGAGAAUCAAGAGAGAGAUCGAGAGUGAGAGAAAGAGAGGAAAAGAGUGAAUGAAAGAGCAAGAGAAGACGAAAUUAAGAAAAAAUUUAAUCGAAAAAGUAUUAUAUAAUAAUUACGUUAAGAAACAAGGUUUAAAACUAGGAGUAAAAGUUGAAACUAUGAUUCACAGUUAUUCCAUUUCAAUUGAAUCUUGUGUCAGUUCAACUCAUCUCUUCACCAGUCGAUUGGUUUUCAAAUGAAUCAACAAUAGUGUUUCAUCUUGUUUCAUCAACCAACUACAGUUUUAAUGUGUCCAAGUGUUGAAUAAUUUUAAAUAACAACUGGAUUACCCGAGAGAAUCAGGUUCAAACCAAGAAAAAAAACAACUCCAAAUGAAACAAACAACAAUUUGGAUUUGAGUUUCUCCCAUUGAUAUUGUUUUCCCUUUUGCUAGUGAAAGUGUUACCAUCAAUUGAUGCACUCGUCUACAUAAUUAAUUCAAUGGAUUUAAUAAAAGUAAAGAUUUAAAUCAUUAAACUCUUUGGAUUACAAUGGAUGACAUUGACUGAAUGUUUACAGUUGAACAAUGAUCAUGAAAUGAUCAACGAAUGAAGUAAAUGUAAAUUAUAAACAAUUUACAUGAAUGGGGAUCGGGGUUUAGUUAACAAUUAGUUAAUAAUUAUUACUUGUUGAUUUGUUGACUUUUUAGACUUUUUCUGUUGAGUAAAUGAUUGGACAAUUUUAAUAGAUUUUAUGUUUUAAAUAAUUUAUAAUCAAGUUAAUUGUCAGUUAACUUUGAAAGCUCAAAAUGUUGUUGUUAUGAUUAGGUUAAUGUUUCAAGUUUCAGGUUAGUUUCAACCAAAAGAAGCAUUUAUUUGUUAUUGGAUUAUUUUGUUUCUAAGUCAUGUUCAACCUAAUCGGAUUGGAAUCAUCAUCAUCUUCACCAGUCUCAUCAUCUUGUUCAUCGUCACCAGCAUCACUUUACCAUUGAAAUUACAAUUAAUUGGAUAAUUUUGUUGUCGCCCUUUUAAAAUUUAAUUUGUUCAUCUUUACCACAAGUUCAUUAAUUCAUUCAUUAGCAUCUCUCUUUUUUUUGCUGCUGCAUAUUCAUUGUCUUCAUUACUGUUGUCACCAAUGAGGCUGCCAUCGGAAUAACUCAGUCAAGUGAACAAUUUUGUUUGUUUGUUUGUCAAUUGAAGUGUAAAUAGUCAAUUGGUGAAUCAAUUGAAAUUUUGAAUCUUCACACAAUUUUGCUUCACAUUGUAUUAUAUUGAACAACGGAGCCGGGAAAAGUGUUUAUCCCGAGCUCAUAUUAAAUAAUCCAGAUGAAAUAUGAACUUGGAUGCAGAGAACCGGGUCGUGCUCAAUGUUGGAGGCAUUCGCCAUGAAACUUAUAAGGCAACCUUAAAGAAAAUUCCUGCAACCCGGUUAUCCAGAUUAACGGAUGCCUUAGCGAACUAUGACCCAGUUCUAAAUGAAUACUUUUUUGAUCGCCAUCCAGGAGUUUUUGGUCAAAUACUUAAUUAUUAUCGAACAGGUAAACUACAUUAUCCAACGGACGUGUGUGGACCAUUGUUUGAAGAGGAGCUUGAAUUUUGGGGACUCGAUUCUAAUCAAGUUGAACCAUGUUGCUGGAUGACUUAUACACAGCAUAGAGAUACGCAAGAUACUCUGGCGGUCCUUGACCGUUUAGAUUUAGAUACUGACAAACCAACUGACGAGGAAAUUGCUGUUAAAUUUGGCUUUGAAGACGAUUAUCUUAAUGGUACCAUGAAUUGGUGGCAAAGAGUUAAACCCAAAAUCUGGUCACUUUUUGAUGAACCAUAUUCUUCUUUUCCAGCUAAAGUCAUUGGUAUUGCCUCAGUCUUGUUCAUUUGUGUAUCCAUUUUAUCCUUUUGCCUGAAAACACAUCCAAACAUGAGAGUACCCGUUUUCAACAAUAUAACCGUUAGAACCUCAAUGAACACGGAAGCAUGGGUACUCGAUAAACACCAUACAAACCCACAUGAGGCCUUCUUCUACAUUGAAUGUGUUUGCAAUGCAUGGUUUACCAUAGAGAUUAUUGUACGAUUUUUCUCGGCUCCCUCCAAAUUAGACUUUGUCCGUGGAGCAGUCAAUAUAAUUGACUUUACGGCCACCAUAUCCUUUUAUUUGGAUCUGGCGCUUCAAAAUUUUGCCUUCCACAUGGAUAAUGCUGAUGUUUUAGAGUUUUUCUCAAUCAUCCGUAUAAUGAGAUUAUUUAAGUUAACCCGUCACUCGGCGGGACUCAAAAUUCUUGUACAAACAUUUAAAGCUUCAGUGGGUGAACUGCUUCUCCUUGUGUUCUUCCUGGUUCUGGUGAUUGUCAUCUUUGCCUCUCUCGUUUAUUACGCGGAAAGAACCCAAGAUAAUCCAGACAAUGAUUUCAACUCUAUCCCAUUGGGACUGUGGUGGGCGCUGGUCACCAUGACCACUGUGGGUUACGGUGAUAUGGCACCAAAAACGUAUGCUGGCAUGUUUGUUGGUGCUCUUUGUGCCAUUGCUGGUGUACUUACCAUUGCGCUUCCAGUUCCCGUUAUUGUCUCCAAUUUUUCAAUGUUUUACUCACACACUCAGGCUCGUGCCAAGUUACCCAAGAAACGUCGUCGCAUCUUACCAGUUGUACAACCCCGUGCAGCCAGGUUUCCCGAGAGACGUCCAGGAACCGGUGGACCUGGAUCCGGACCAGGAGGGGGAAGUGGUAGUGGACCAAUCGGUGGCGUUAGUAGAUCGGGAACGACCAGUGAACAUACCAAAAGUGCCAGUAGAGAAGAUCACAGUAGUAGACUUGGGAUGAGAGGAGCUUCAAGUGAUCCUCGAGAUCGUUCCAAUACAGGAAAGGUUGAUUCAACGCGAGAUCCAGCGACAAGGUUAGCUCAUAAUCGAUUUAGCUUUGAUCCAGCUCCAAUAACUCGUCGUCCUGACCAACAAUCACAGCAAAACAGUGAAUCAACAUCUCAAGAUAACAUUAGUUUAUUAAGCCAUUCAAGUAAAAAUCGUCGUCCAAGUGGCAUCUCAUCUCACGGCGAUUCAAGCAAGGUUGAACAUUCGUCAGGACAACGUCUAGAUCAUCGUCACUCUCAUCCACCACCUCAACAUCCUUCACAUCAUCAUCAGCGAUCGUCCAUUGCAGGUGAAUUGAGCAGCACAAGGCAAGAAAGUGGAUCAAUUAGAGCAACCAAUGGUAUUAUAAUGAGUGGUCGAUCCAAUUCAACUUCAAGUUACCAGCAAAUACCAACGAUUACUGGUAAUUUGAUUCAAUUAUCUGAUUCAAUGACAACCGGAUCUAAUCUUACUUUGCCAUCACCUAAAUCAAUCUCUUCAUCAGUAUCAUCUCCAAGCUCAUCUUCAGCCAACACAGUUAUAUUAACUGCUCGGUUAGAAGUAUAAUAAUAAUUCAAUGUAAUAAAGUGAAGGCAACAUGAGCAGUUGGAUCAACAAAUUCAACAAUAACAAAUUCACUGAUGUAUGGAAGCAGCAGCAGAAGCAGCAAAAAACGAGAAAUGAGAAGAAAAAAUUAUGAAAAAAAGGACGAAAAAGGUCAGAGAACCUGGUCAAGAGCAGGUAUUGACCGAUCCAUGCAUCAAUACUCAGGUUUCCAGUUGAAAAAAAAUGAAAGCCAAUUCAAUUUGGGUUGACUAACUCUGAAUAUAAAUUUUCAUGUAAAAAUAAAACCCUUGAUUGAACCAAGAAAACAUGCAACUUGGGUCAACAUUGAUUGAAGUGAAAUUCAUGAUGAAAUUAACCUUUACAAGCAUUUGUAUCAGUAAACAAAUUGCAAGCUUGAACAUGUUUAAAUAUGGGACAAAAAAAGUAAACAAUAAAGCGAAAAAAAUUGAAAUCAAA